UGCAAUGGCGCUAGUGUAUGUACGUAUGGCCAGAGAGUAUUUUUAUUUUAUCGUAUAAUUUCAAUUGUCUUUCUCUUUUUAAUUCUCUGCAUUCCACUGUAAUUACGAUUCAAAUCGUAGACAAUUUUACGUUUUAAAUUCAAAUCCAAAAUGUAACAUUUUAUAUAUCGGGAAAAGUAAGGUUAUUUACUCCUUAGGAAUUCUAACCUUUAUCAAGUAACUGUGGUGACACAUGCCGCUCUGGAGCACAUGUUACGUUUACGAUGUUGUCUAUAAACAGUAUUAAAUUGAUUACUUUCAUAAAGCAUUCGACGUGGAAAAUAUACGUAGGUAAUACGUAUUGUUAUUUGAGAACCUGUCGCAAUCGAUACAGGCUGAUUCAGACUUUCAAUUAUUCGACGAAAUGCGACACGAAAAAGGAUGGCGUUCAACCCUGCAUGUCUCUGGAUCCCAGAGUCGAGGCAUUGCGAGAAAAAUUAAUAUAUUGCGACUAUUUGGAUUAUCAGAAAGUGAAAAUAGGAUACAUGAAGCGUUACUUAUUGAAAAAGAAAGCUGAGCACGCUGAAAGAGAAGCACGAAUUGAUAAGCUGACAAAUGUACCCGUCUACAGCAUACUCUUGGACACAAAAAAUGAUGAAAACAACUUGAAGCAGGAGCAUAUAAAUACAGAAGAAGAUGUAGCGAAGCCUGUACAUAUGCCGUAUGCGAGUACCGAUUCGUACAGUAGUACGGACACAUCUUCAAUCGAGGUGAAUAAAAGUAAUUUUGAUGAAAAUACGAUAUCGUUGAACAACAAGUAUAAAGCUCUAUAUGAAGAAUACUUGGCGCAAAAGAAUGCAGAUUUAGGAAAAGAAGAAUUCACUCUGCAGGAUUAUUUAGAAGAGAUAGAUACAGAUGCAGAUCCAGAUACGUUAUACAAGAGACAUUUUCCGAUAUCGAAUGUGCCACCCAAUUGGAUGGUCGACGUCGAGCAAUAUGACGAUAGUUCGCAGAGCAAUACCUGGCUCAGUAAUUACGGAACUCCAGAUCCAAACUCCAAUGUUAGUUCCGUUCCUUGUGGUGGAUGUGGCGCCUUACUACACUGUAAGGACCAAGCUCUCCCAGGUUACUUGCCCUCUGAGUUAUUUUUGAACAAGAGCAAGCAGGAAUUGCGAGUUAUGGUUUGUCAAAGAUGCCACUUUAUGCAGUAUUACAACACCACGUUGGAGGUGAAGGUAUCUGCGGACGAAUAUCCAAAACUUUUAAAGGUGAUAAAAAAUAAGAAAUGCGCCGUCAUUCUGAUUGUUGAUCUUACGGAUUUUCCAUGUAGCAUAUGGCCUGAAAUAAAUAGCGUUCUGCAUUCUUCGACACCAGUAUUUGUCGUGGGGAAUAAAGUUGAUUUGUUGCCCCAAGAUUCUAAACAUUUCUUCACUCAUAUUAAAGAUUGUUUAUCGAAAGCUAUAGAAAGUACAGGAAUCAAGAAGGAGAAUAUCAGACAUGUAGCACUCGUAUCUGCGAAAACUGGCUACGGUAUAGAAGAACUUAUUAAUAAAUUACACACUAUCUGGAAAUAUAAAGGAGAUGUUUACUUAAUCGGAUGCACAAACGUUGGUAAAUCUUCUCUGUUCAACGCUCUUCUGCAGUCUGAUUAUUGCAAGGUACAAGCUGUGGAUCUUAUACAACGUGCAACCAUUUCUCCUUGGCCAGGCACAACAUUGAAUUUGCUCAAAUUUCCUAUUUUAAAUCCUGUUAAAUGGCGACUUUACUUGAGAACGUUGCGAUUGCAAAAGGAACAACAGUACAAGCAUGCCGAAGAGAAAUUCCGAAUCAGUCAGUUCAAGGCGACUCGUAACUUAAAGUACGCCACAUUGCAAAGUCACAUUGGCAGAACAUUUCAAUCGAAAUCCGAGAUUAAAGUAGGAAACGAUCUGUUCGUGGUAGGAAAAUAUAACAAGCAUACGCAGCAACUAGGUUUUGAUGAAAAUAAAGAAGAGUAUAAAUACAGCCGCUGGUGUUACGAUACUCCCGGCACCAUUCAACCGGAUCAGGUGUUGGAUUUGUUAACGACGCAGGAACUUUUGUUGGUUUUACCGAAGAAAAUAAUCUUCCCUAGAACAUUCGUUCUACAUGUAAAUCAAACGAUAUUCUUGGGCGGACUGGGCAGAUUGGAUUACGUAGAGGGCAAUAGUUUUAUUAGGUGUACAAUAUUUUCGAGUAGCGAAUUGCCAGUGACUCUAACUCAUACUGAGGAUGCGGACAGUGUAUACAACGAGUUACUCAAAACGAAAGUGUUUGUCGUACCUGAAAACAAUUCGGACCGAUUGAAACAUUGGCCGGCAUUAGGAUCUAAGGAGAUGGAAGUUACUGGUAUCGGAAAGAAUGAAUCGAUCGCCGACGUUAUUUUGUCCAGUGCAGGAUGGAUCGCGAUCGCUGUUGAAGAGGCUGAGCGUGUUUCAUUGAGGGCUUGGAGUCCACAAGGUCGCGGGUUAUAUCUAAGAACACCAGCGCUUUUGAAGAAAUCUGUUGCUUUGCGUGGCAAUCGAAUCUCAGAUACACCGACGUACAAAAGCGGACGUCAAGCAUAUAGAAAAUAAAUAAGUGGGUAUAAAAUUUAUAUGCAAUAUUGUACGUUACGUGCGUAUAUUCCAAAUGCAUUUUCGCGUUACAUGCAUAUUCUCCAACGUUUAUAUAUGUAUGUAUAUAUGUAAUUAAUUUAUUCAUUCAUCUCUUUUUAAUUCAUAACUGUAAUUUGAUAAAGGAAUGCCAAUAUACUAUAUGUUUGUAUCAACUACA